GUAAAUAAGUUAAUAAAGUGUUUGGAAAAGAAGCAGAAGCUGUGAGAGAGAAGCUAGCAUUCUCAGCUUUUUAAAAGUGCUUCUACUUCUUUACACAAACGGGUCAAGAGAAGCAGAAGCUAGAAGUAACUUCUGAUUCUGCGAAACAAACAGGGCCAUAGUCUGAACAUAUCCCCAAUUCAUCUCAUCGGAAAAUCAAGAAGCAUCUCUUUAACCUAACCUUUCAACUCAGCCAUGGAUGAAUCUUUCUUGUUGAUGCUCACAAAUCUCCUCCACCUCCAAAACCACCUGGACCCCACCUCUUCCCUCCUCACCCCCACCCCUACCCCCACCUCCCCCACCUCUCUCCUCACCUCCACCUCCGCCGCGCCUCUCCUCUUCUUCACUAUCGCCUCCGUUCUCUCUUAUCUCACCACCACUUCGCUCCAAAAUUCAUCCCCAGCCUCCUCUUCCCAACCCCACCAAAACCCAGAACCCAAUUCCCCUGAUUCUGAUCACAAGCACCAGUUCUCGAUUUCGGCUUUUCGGGCUUUUUCGACGGAGCACAUUUGGGCUAUGGAAGCUCCUUUGAGGGAUGCGCAGUGGCGAUCGUUGUAUGGACUUUCUUACCCUGUUUUUACUACUGUUGUUGACAAACUUAAGCCUUUUAUUGCUCAGAGUAAUUUGUCUUUGCCUACUGAUUACGCGGUGGCGAUGGUGUUGUCGAGAUUGUCGUUAGGUCUUAGUGCUAAGACGUUGGCCAAGAGGUAUUCGCUUGAGCCUUAUUUGAUUUCCAAGAUUACGAAUAUGGUUACUAGGUUAUUGGCUACUAAGCUUUCUCCGGAGUUUAUAAGGAUUCCUAUUGUGAGACGUCGUUUACAUGAGACGACACAGGCGUUUGAGGAGUUGACUUCAUUGCCCAAUAUUUGUGGAGCUAUGGAUACUACUGCUGUGAAGGUUAGGUCUAAGAAUGUGGGGGAUGUCUUUGUUUCGAAACAUGGGUUUCCUUCGGUUUUAUUGCAGGUUGUUUCGGAUCAUAAGAAGAUUUUGUGGGAUGUUUGUGUGAAGGCACCGGGUGGUUUUGAUGAUGCUACUCAUUUGAGGGAUAGUUUGUUGUAUAAUAGGUUGGUUUCGGGGGAUAUUCUGUGGGAUAAGGUAAUAAAUGUGAGGGGACAUAAUUUGAGGCCUUACAUUGUUGGAGAUUGGUGUUAUCCUUUGUUGUCGUUUUUGAUGACUCCGUUUUCUUGGAAUAGGACGGGAAGUCCUGCGCAGAAUGCGUUUGAUGAGGCAUUGAUGAAGGGAAGAAAGCAUGCGGAGGAAGCUAUUGGAUUACUUAAAGGGAGGUGGAGGAUUUUGCAGGAUUUGAAUGUGGAUAUAAAUCAUGCACCUCAGACGAUUGUAGCUUGUUGUGUGUUGCAUAAUUUGUGUCAGAUUGCUAAGGAGCCUGAACCUGAUCUGUGGAAGGAACCCGAAGAGAUUGGGGAAUCUCCUGGAAUAUUGGAGAACGAGAAGUCUUACUAUUACUUUGGGGAAAGCGUGAGGCAGGCGUUGGCUGAUGAUUUGUACCAAAGGCUUUCAUCAAGAUGAGGCAUUGUUCUCAAGGACGUGGGUUUCUUCCUGUGCUCACCAUAAGAAUCUUUUCCACCAGGCCGAUCUAACUUGUAUGUUUUAGAGUACAUGUCUUCUAUCUUUAAAUAACAUUUAGAGGUAGAUUUGUUGUAGUUAUCUCCAAUGGUUUAAUGGCUAUUGAUAAGCUCGAAUACUUUGAAUUUUAUGUAAGUUAUUAUCUAUAGGAAAAUGCAUCCUUGUUGAUCCA